GCAGGCACUGGAACCACACCAGCCCAGUGGACUCCUUGGAUCGGCAGGCAGCCCUUGCCCAGCAUGCAGGGUGAAGAGAGCUUACAGGUCCUGGUGGGGACAGAAGGGGACAGCUUCCCACUGAUGGAGAUCAGUACUUGUGAGGCAGAGCCCUCUGAGCAGUGGGACUUCAUCCUUGUGGCCAAGUACCACACAGAGAUGAGAUUCAGGCAGGUUGAGCGACAGAAGCAGUUUCUGGAGGAGCUGAAGAGAAGAGGCUUCCAUGUCAAGGUGAGAGAGGACCAGAAACAUGUGUUUUAUGGGAUCCGAGCUGACAACAGGAUCUUCGAUUUGUACCGUACCCUCCUCAUGGAGCCAGAAGGUCCUGCCCCAAGUCUGGAGAAGGUCAGACCGACCACUAUCCCAGCUACUACAAGAAUCCGAAUUGUGAACUUUGUUCUGAACAGCAAGACAGCAGCUGGUGACUCCUUCGAGGACUUGGUGAAAGAUGGGGUCUUUGAGACCAAGUUCCCCCUGCACAGGGGGGAGGAAGACCUGAAGACGAAGUGGGCCCGGUGGAGAAACAUGCUCCAGGAGCAGCCAAUUGAUGCUAUCAGAGACUACUUUGGUGAGAAAGUGGCACUGUACUUCGCCUGGCUCGGCUGGUAUACCUACAUGCUGGUGCCUGCUGCUGUGGUGGGCCUCAUCGUCUUUCUGAGCGGGUUUGCUCUGUUUAACUCCAGCCAGAUCAGCAAGGAGAUCUGUGAGGCUGACGACAUCUUCAUGUGUCCUAUUGGUGACAGCAACAGCUACCAGCCACUCUCAGUCACCUGUACUUUUGCAAAGAUCACUCACCUCUUUGACAACGAGGGGACUGUGCUGUUUGCCAUCUUCAUGGCUUUGUGGGCCACCAUGUUCCUGGAGUUCUGGAAGCGGCAGCGAGCGAGUGUGGUCCUGCACUGGGACCUGUACGGGUGGGACGAGGACCAGGAAGAAAUGGUGCUUGAGCUCAUUAACUGCCCUGACUACAAGCUCCGGCCGCACCAGCACUCCUUCCUACGUAGCACCAUCAUCCUGGUCCUGUCUCUGCUCAUGAUCUGCCUCAUGAUUGGCAUGGCACACUUGCUGGUGGUCUACCGCGUGCUGGCUGCUGCCCUCUUCAGCAACUUGGCUUGGCCUUUCCUGGAAAACCAGGUGACCACAGCUGUGGUGGUGACUGGGGCCCUGGUGCACUACCUGACCAUCGUUAUCAUGACUGAGGUCAACAAGCGUGUGGCCCUGAAGCUUUGCGACUUUGAGAAGCCCAGGACCUUCUCAGAGCGUGAGAGCAAGUUCACCGUGAAGUUCUUCACACUGCAGUUCUUCGCCCACUUUUCCUCCCUCAUCUAUGUUGCCUUCAUCUUGGGCAGGAUCAAUGGUCACCCUGGGAAUUCCACGCGGCUGGCCGGCCUGUGGAAGCUGGAGGAGUGCCACCUCAGCGGCUGCAUGAUGGACCUGUUUGUGCAGAUGGCCAUCAUCAUGGGCCUGAAGCAAACGCUCAGCAACUGCAUGGAGUACCUGUGGCCGUGGCUGGCCUAUAAGUGGCGUGUGCUGUGGGGCUGCUGGGCCUGUGACCCUGAGCUCCGGGACUGGCAGCGAAACUACCGCCUGAACUCAGUCACUACCUUCACCCUGUUUGAAGAGUUCAUGGAGAUGAUGAUCCAGUAUGGCUUCACCACCAUCUUCGUGGCCGCCUUCCCCCUGGCACCACUGCUUGCGCUCUUCAGCAACAUGGUGGAAAUCCGCCUGGACGCCAUCAAGAUGGUGCAGCUGCACCAGCGGCUGGUGCCACGCAAGGCCAAGGACAUUGGGACAUGGCUGCAGGUACUGGAGACCAUCGGUGUGCUGGCAGUCAUUGCCAAUGGGAUGGUCAUAGCCUUCACCUCUGAGUUCAUCCCACGUGUGAUCUACAAGUACCGUGACAGCCCAUGCCAAAAGGAGCCCCACCAAAAAGUCGACUGCCUCACUGGCUAUGUCAACCACAGCCUCUCUGUCUUCCACACGAAGCACUUCCAGGACCCCAAGAAGAUUCGGGGCUCAGAAAAUGUGACUGUGUGCAGGUACCGAGACUACCGAGAUGAGGACUACAACCUUACUGCGCAGUUCUGGUUCCUCCUGGCCAUCCGCCUGGCCUUUCUCAUCCUCUUUGAGCAUGUCGCCCUGUGCAUCAAACUCAUUGCCGCAUGGUUUGUGCCCGACAUCCCACAGUCAGUGAAAAACAAGGUUCUGGAGGAGAAGUAUGAGACUCUGCGGAAGAAGCUACGGUCCAGCUCCAAGAGCACAGAUGUGUAGGUGGCUGGAAGCAGGCAAAGAGGCACUGGUCAGGAGGAGCCACCACGACCUGCAUGUCCAUGCUUGUUUGUGGCUGUGUCCAUGCGCGUGUGUGUGUGUGGCUGUGAGAAGUCCCAUGUUUAUGUGGAGAGUGGUACUAGGGGUCCAUGUAUGUGUGGAUGCAUAGGAGGUGUCCUGAGAGGCCCUUGUUGUGGGGGUGGUCACAGGCGUUCCAUGUGUGUGUAAGGUAUCUGUGAGCAGCACAUAUUGCCUGUGGGGCCUGCAUCACCUCCCUUAGGGCUCAGGCAUGGUGCAGCACAGCCCUGAGCUUACUUCUGGGUCACCCUGCACCUACAGAUUUGGGGGGUCCCUCAUGCAAUCUCAAGAAGCAAAAUCAGCCCAAGCUUCCUGGGCCUCCCCAACUUCUCAGCCCCAGGCUUGACCCCACCUGAUCCUGCUGGUGCCACUGGCUCCAAGCCCAGCAUUCCAGCUGUCUCC